GUGGUGUAGUGUAGUGUGAGUGAGUGAGUGGGCCCGGUGUUUGUGGUGUUAUUGGGCCAGCAGAAUUGUUAUUUGAAAAGUUGCAUUCUUUCUUUCUCGGUGGAGAUAUUAUUGUUGUUGUUUGCAAGCGUGUUGCGGUUAGAUCGGAUCGCUUGGCUUGUAGUUGUGUGUAUUCGGACUAUGUUUCGUUGUUCAGUGUUUUCUUUUUAAUCUGAAAAGGUUGUGCUUCUGUAACACUGUAAGAAUUAAAAUACACUGGAUAGAGAUUAGAAUAGCUGUUGUUGAACAAAAACAUAAAUAAAACCACGAAAGACUGAAUGAAUAACAACAGACCACUCUGUGAACCGUGUUUACACGCUAAAUAACAAUCUAUUUGGAAUAUUCAUAUAUCUGUAUCUACUGCUGUGUACCAGCGUGUGUUAUAUUUUCGAGUGUGUGCUUGUGUGUGUUUGUUCGUGCGUGUUCCAAGGAGCUACUGGUACUAUCGGAUUCCUGGAAUUUGGCGUUCAAAAAGAAACGCCUGUCAGAAGUCAGAGAUUUACGAAUAUCCGUGUCGGAAGCUACAGUUUUUCUAUAAUUUUGGAUUCUGUUGGCGUUCGUCCCUUGGUUUAGAGGCUGCUUGGAGUCUGCUUGGAGACUUCCUAGGAGCUUCUUGGAGGCUGUAAGCGUAUUUUCUCUUGGUUUGGAGGCCACUUGGAGGCUUUUCAGAGGCUGUAAGCUUUGUUGUUAGACUGCUCAAGAAAUACAGACGUUUUCCUCUUUGCUUUGGAGACCCGUUGAGGCUACAGGAGGCGUUACAAGUACGCUAAGCAAAGGCUGUAGGCGUCGCUGUGAGGCUCGGCGGAGGCUGUAUAAUAACUAAUAAGCGUGAUGGGGAACAGGCCGGCAAAACUGACGGAUGAGGAGCUCACGCAGUUACAGAGUUUCACAUACU